AUGUAUAGAGGAAGUUUGGCACGUCUUGUGAGAAGCGUAUCGCCCUCCGUCAUCAGAAGACAACACUUGAUUCCGUAUUGUCUUGGCAAGGCCUAUGUAUUUCAGCCUAUACCUUCCUUAAGAGUUCCGAGACAUUUUUCCUACGACACCUCUAGUCAAGAUGGUAUUGUCUCGGCACAAGCGGCAGAAGCUAAUGCCACUGGUAACAGACAAGAGACAAUACUAAGUGAGAUCCUUUCAAUGGAGAAGGCCUUGGAGCUGCUUCAAGCCUACAAUACUUACAAAGAUGCAGGCGAUAUCAAGACUCAAGCAAGUAGAAUUGCAGUCCUACGCUGUAUUGCAUAUAUUGUACAGAGGGAUGGUGCACAGAGGUUUGCCCUAAAAGCAGAAAUUGAUAAAGAAUCGCAAGGAAAUGAGAGUAUGUUUUUGGACUUGCUCGAUAACAUUUCGGAGCAUAUUUCCGAAUCUAGUAACAGUGAUCUAGCAAGUGUUAUAUGGUCUUUAGGCAAAAUUGGUCCAGUUGCUGUUGGGUUUGAAAACCACUCCCUGGCACAAAUUUGCGACCAAGAGAUUCUUUUCAGGGACAUUACUCUCUUCAGUACCAAGGACAUAAAUAAGAUUUUGUCUGGACUCGCUUCUCUCGUUAUGAGAAAAAGCAAGGUUUUUGCUGAAUUGGAAAGGGCAAUUGUUUCUAACAAAAUCAAGAUCUCAAGUUUUGAGAAUCAGGGCCUGGUUGGAAGUUUGAGGUCUUUUUCUCAAACAGGAAAUGGCUCCCUUAACUUGUUUGAACUUUAUUGCAAGGACGUUUACUUCAGGGGCAUGGAGACAUUUAAGCCUUUUGAACUUUUCCAGCUGGUUUCAUUAUUUGCCAAGAAAGGUGUUAAGGAUGAUGAACUGUUUUCUCACACAGAGCAGAAGGCGAUCAAGAUGGGAAUCGAAAGCCUCAGUAACACUGAUAUUUUUUUGAUACUUUGGACAUUUGCCCACAAAAAAUCGGACAGGCUUCAUGACCAAGUUUUUAGUCAUAUGGACCAAGAGUUUGUCAAUCAUGGCAUGAGUCGGUUUUUGCCUUUUUUGCUUUCAAACAUUCUUUGGUGUUUUGCGAAGUCAGGGAAGCACAAUGCAAACGUGUUUGACCUCAUAAAAAAGGAACUCAUGCUUCGUGAUUUAAGCGCCUUUCGAAAGUAUCUUCCGCAAAUUUUGUGGUCAUUUGCAGUUGCGGAAAAAGACUAUGCUGAACUUUAUGACAAAAUCGUUGAGGAGUUCUCGUCCGUGGACUUGGAGAGUGUUAGCAAGAAGGAUCUGUGCACGUGUGCGUGGAGCUUUGGAAAACUUGGAAUCACAAAUGAGAACAUAUAUAGGAAAAUUGAAAAAGAAGUUUUAAGCCGUGAUCCCUCUGCCCUUAAAUAUCUCGAUAUACAGAGGCUCCUGACUGGUUUUGCUCAUGCCAAGGAAGGGAGCAGAGAGUUGUUUGAGUACUUAGAAGAUGCGAUUUUGACGCUUAAUGUUUCCUCCCUCAAGGCUGCAGAAAUGUGUAAUGUACUCUGGCCAUUUGCUGAAAUGGGAUAUAAAACGCGACAUCUAUUUGAUGCUGUAGAGCAAGAAAUCCUUCGUCGAGGUAAACUGCAUUUCAAGGAAGGUCAGCUUGCAAGAUUGAAAACCAGUUUUGAGGCUUUUGGACAGGGGUCACAAGAGUUGGUACACGUGUUUAAUCGUAGAUAA